UAUUUUAUUUUUAAAGAAAAGCAAUGACAGUUUCACUAGUGGAAGAAGUUUGAUACUCUGUUAAUGAUAAAAUAACGUGGGAGGGAACAAGCAUCCUACAAUAAGGCAUACGAUCAUCUGUAGCUGAACUUCUGCUGCUACAAAACUGCAAUCCAGAUUUCGCGAUCUAGCAAAAGAUAAUCCCUCUUGUCUAUAUUCAACUAUUACGUUUGCUUAAAUACAUUCUACCACUAUAAAAAAACGAAAGAGACAGAGAGAAAGAAGUAGAAAUGGCUUAUGCAGAUAUAACUGCUCUUCUUGAAAACCUUGAGUUUCUACUGCAAUCCGAUCCACAUCCCAUCCUUCAUUACAAGGAACAAGUUGAGUCUCUCCACGACAAAGUCAAUCUUCUGCGAGGCUUUCUGGAGGAAUCUGAGAAGAGAUAUGAUCGUGGAAGCAUGAAACAUUUGGAUCUGGAGAUCAGAGAUGUGUUCUAUAAAGCAAGAAAAGUCAUUGAUUCAAAACUGUUAAAUGUUUAUGCAGCCAAAAGUGCAAAAAGUUGGAAAAAGGCUCGGAGGAUCCUUCGCCGGAGUUUGCGAAAAUUAACAGAGAAAGUUGAUUUUAUACUGAAAAAACUCAACAAAAUUAGUCAAAAAAGAAAGAAUGCUGCCAGCGCAGAUUUACAAGCUGGAGGACCUGUGCUUGGCGGUUUUUCUCGCCGUGUAUACAUGGAAAACCAUGUUGUGGGUCUUAAUAAUGACUUGCAAAUAGUUAAAGAUCAACUCACUCAGUCACCUUUGAGACUGGAAACGAUCCCCAUAGUAGGGAUGGGAGGCGUAGGAAAGACAACUCUAGCUAGAAGACUUUAUGAGGAUCCUUCUAUUGUACUUCACUUUCAUGUUCGUUUGUGGGUAACUGUUUCUCAAGACUUUCAAAUCAGAAUACUUUUGCAAGAUCUUUGCCAGCUUGGUAAUGAUAAUGAGAUGAAUAAUGCAGACUUAGCUGAGCAUCUAUACAAAAGUUUAAAGGGCAGGAGGUAUCUAAUUGUUUUGGAUGAUAUUUGGUGUACUGAGGCAUGGGAUGCUGUAAAAAGCAUUUUUCCAGAUGAUAACAAUGGAAGUAGAAUCAUAUUAACUAGCCGGCUCAAGGAGGUGGCUGUUCAUGCUAACCGUGAAAAACCUCAUCACAUCAAGCUUUUAGACCCAGUUGACAGUUGGAAAUUACUGCAUCAGAAGUUGUUUGUUGACGAAAGAUGUCCCCAAGAGCUGGAGGAAGUUGGAAAAGAAAUUGCAGCAAAAUGUCAAGGACUACCUCUGGCAAUUGUUGUGGUUGCAGGGUAUCUCCUAAAAAUUGACAGGACACGAGAUUGCUGGGAUAAUUUUGCGGAUAGUGUGGCUUCAUAUGUAACUGGAGACCCACAACAGUGUUUAGACAUAAUUGCAUUGAGUUACAACCAAUUACCUCCUCCUUUGAAAGCAUGCUUCCUUUAUUUUGGAGCCUUCCCUGAAGAUCGUGAAAUCCCAGUGUCAAGACUGAUUUACUUGUGGGUUGCCGAGGGAUUUCUAAAGCAAGUGACAGGGAAAAGCUUGGAAGAGAUAGCUGAAGAAUGUCUGAUGGAUCUCAUCGAUAGAAACUUAAUUCUGGUCAGGAGAGUGUCCUAUGGCAGAAUAAAAACAUGUAUCAUCCAUGAUAUAUUGCGGGACUUGUGCUUGAGAGAAGCUGAGAAAGAACAUUUCAUGCACGUGGUUAAUCACAACAGCCAUGUUUUUCAUGAAGGCAAAACCAAUGCGCAACGUCUCAGUUUCCAUAUGGAUUGUAGCUUCCCCAUUCUUUCUACCACUCACAUAGAUUCUGUUCUGUGCUUUAGUCGUUUUUCAAUGUACUCCUGUUUCAGGCACUCUGCAUUCAAGCUGCUCAAAGUGUUGGACAUCAUCCGCUCUGCAUUAAAUUGUUUCCCUGUUGAGAUUCUACAACUUGGUAACUUGAGAUUCCUUGCGUUAUCAGUCACUGAGCUUCCAUCAACUAUAUCCCACCUUUGGAAUUUGCAAACUCUGGUUCUUAACAUUUAUUCUGGAUGCACGUCUUUACCAUGGAAACUGUGGACAAUGCAGCAGCUAAGGCAUCUCCAUUUCAAUUUCUGCAGUUUUCUGCCCAAUCCUGCAGGGGCAGAAAUUAAUGGACAAGGUGAUUUAGUCCUGCGGAACCUACAAACACUCUCCAAAUUGAGCUUCUCAAGUUGUACCAUGCAAGUAAUUGCUAGCCUUCCAAAUCUAAAGAAGUUGGGAUUAUAUGAAACUGCAGAAGCACACGUAACUGAAAAACUUUGGCUUGAUCGUGUCUUCCCAUCUGGUAACUUGUUUAGUUCAGUUUACCCCAUUCAGAGCAACUGCUGGUCCUAUAUCAGUAAUGUUGCUCAACUACAUCAACUUGAAAUAUUAAAACUGAACUUUAUAAACUUAUUUGCUGAAGAAAGACGAUGGGUUCCCUGUGUGGAUGAAUUUCCUCCAAACCUGAAGAAGUUGACUCUAAGUUCCAGCUACCUACCAUGGAAAGAUAUGAAUGUUCUUUCUAUGUUGCCUAAUCUUGAAGUGCUCAAACUGAAAAAUAAUGCAUUUGUAGGAUCAGACUGGGAACAAUAUGAAGAGGGGUUUUCCCGGCUAAAGUAUUUGCUUAUUGAUGAGACAGAUCUUGUCCAUUGGAGAGCAACCAGUACUCAAUUUCCAAGUCUUAAGCACCUUCGCCUUUUUCGCUGCCGCUGCCUUAGAGAAGUUCCUCUUGAUUUUGCUGAAAUUCCUUAUCUCCAGAUAAUUGAUGUAUACGGUUCCUAUGAUGCUGUUAGGUCAGUUAUGCAAAUUAAACAAGAACAAGAAAGUGUGGGAAAUGAUGAUCUUCUUGUUCGUUUUGACUCUGCAGUUUAAGAAAGGAGGAAUGAGACAUUGUUUCUCACUGGGAAGUUUCUAAAAGUAGGACAAGGCUACCUACAAAUAGACAUCCCAGGAAGAUGCUCGUAAAAAUAUGAAAAAGGGCCACAAGACUGCAUCUUGCACACAUCCUCAGUUUUGAAAGAAGAUUUUGGAGUAUAUUUUUGGAGUCCAACUAAAUGAAAUCACCCCUUCUUUCGGAGCUGAAGAAAGCUGCCUUUCAUAUGAUGCAGGUUUUGAAAGAAGAUUUAGGAGUAUAUUUCUGCAAUUUUCUAUCUUUGACCAUGUAUUUGAGAAGGUUAGUAGCAGUCACUUUGUAGCAAAAAGGAAUGAAAACAGUGGGAUGGAUGGGAUUCUGUAGGGGAAUUGGAUUGCUAAGAGACAAGAACAACAAGAGACUUGAACCGAUUAGUAGCGAAGUAAAUUUGUUCGCUCUACUUGGGAUGGCUUCUGAUCUUGUAUGAUCAAAUUCUGAUGUACUUGCAAUGUGAUUUCUGUCAUCUAUCUAGAUUUACAAUUACUAGU